AUGGUUCCCUCGCCACGAAAACGUGUGACGCGCGCAUCCUUUAACCAGACAUGGGACGACACCGACGCCGCCUUACUCGACCCGAGCUCUCUGCCUGUCGCCAGGAUACCGCGGGGAUGGGAACGUAAGCAAGAAACCAAGAAGACGGAGGAAGGGCGGGCCAAGAAGAUCUGGCGAAGAGUUAAUCUGAGGUCGCGUGCACCGGAGACCACUGAAGACGAGGACGAUGAAGAAGAACACGAUGCGCGGUCGCGAGCAACAAAAAGGAGGCAGCAUAUGAGCCCCGAGGCUAUGGAGAAGACGACUGCGAAGCUCAAUGGCAAGACGCGCGCGUUCAAAGGGACGCGAUGGGACCGUAGGAAGAGUGUUUUGCCAAGGAAGAAGGCGACACGCGCGUACGACUCUACCGCAGACGACCAGGACGAGGCGGCAGAGAGUGACGAUGCACAGGACGCGACUGCAGGAGACCGAAGCUACGAGACGUUUGCAGACACUGAGUCCGUCUUGGAACUGAGCAUGGAAAACGUCCAGAACCAGCUCCCUGCUCAAAAGGACAGGCGGUCGACUUUCACUUUCACCAUGGAUGCUGAAGCUAGUGAAGGUCUAGCUCAUGACAGAAGCCUGGUUGGUAUGCAGGAUGACACCAUUAAUGAUGCCGAAAGCGCGCCUGCGGAAGAUGCCACCCUCAUGAACUUCUUCCGUUCGCCCAUGAAACAGACUUCCGCGUCGCCACUUCAUCUCGAGCAGAUCGCUUAUCCCCAGCUCCCACUGAGCGACAACGACCGGGGCGAACAUGAGACGAAUUCCAUGGCGAUGGAUGACGGUGAGCUUGUAGCUGAAUUGGGCAUUGAUAAACAUGCCGAAGAGCCAGUUGGAAGCAAUUCAAACGAGGAAGAGGAGAUAGUCACUGCACAAGAGGCGGUUCGCAAUGAAGCGGAUCAAGAAGAGGAGGAUAUUGCUGAUGCGGACACCCUAGAUCAUGUCGACUCGGUCUCUGAGCCAUUUUCUCCUGCAGUCUCAGCCAUAAGGGUACAACAGGCGUCUGACGACAUCGCGUAUCCAGCUCUGCCUCUGGGAUCUUCGCCGAGGGCCGAUGUCGAACCUGCCGCAGAAGAAGUCCAGGAAGUGAUUCUUGCCCCAGAAGCGCCAUCCGAUGGGGAAGAGUCAGUAGACAUCAACAUGGAGGACGGGCUGGCACUGGAUGACGGUCUCGACACAACUGCUGCUGAUGAGGAAUUCACCGAGGCAUCUCUUCAAUUGAACAUCCAACAAGACUACGAGCAAGUCGCACACGGAGAGCAACCUAUGUUGGCAGAAGCUAUGAGCGAUGUCUCAGCUAGCGGUGAACCUGAAGAUGGUGUUCUUCAAGAUACGCCUGAAGAAGUCACAAACCUUGCAGAACUGUCGGAAGAGGAUGGCUCCUCAGCUCCAUACGACGAUGAACCCACCCAGACGCCAGGUAGCUCUCAGAUAGCGGACAUAACUGAUGGAUUGACGCUCUCAUUUACACCAUCCAGUCUGGACGAUGCGACUAUGACCAUUGCGCUUGACGACGAUACAGCUCUGCUCAAGGACUUCCUCAACCGCGCGGCGGCCAGCAAGGCAGAGAAGGCUGCUGUCAUGACCCAUCGCCGCGAGUCUUUACAGAACCGCCGUGACUCAGAUGUGAUCCGUCACGCUCUAUCAUCGCCACGCAAAGCCCUAGAAGAAAAGGAUCCCAACUCGCCCUCCAAAUACGACAAUGAGUUGACGCUGGACCUCUCCCAGACUCUUACCCUCAGCAUGGACAACAAUAAUCUCGCGUCACCUACCCCUAACGCUACGGAAGGAGAGGACUUGACGGACGAAAAGUCUUUGCGGGGCUCGAGGCGAUCAUCUCGAGCGAAGAAAUCACGACUUCCCGCCCCAGCAUCCGCAGCACAAACACAACCCCAGACAUCGAAGAUUGCGAUUCGCCGCGCUGAUGGCACCGAGCAUGUCGUGCUCAAGAAGAGUGAUGCACAAGAACUUUCGCUGCUUACUCGAGCCAACACGCGCAAGAACAAGCAGGGUGCAUUUGGUGUAACCGUACGCCUCAUGAAGCUUGCAGCUGACGCCGCCAACUUGCCGCCACUUGAUGAUUCCACCCGGGAGAUCGUCAUUGGCAAAAACAUCCGUUGGGACGAGCAGCUCGCGUACUACCAGGAAAACCCAGAAACGGUUGCUGAGGCUGAGAGUCUUGCAACACCAGAUGAGCUAGGCAUGUCUGACGCAGUUUCGACACCAAGCGCAAAACCAAAGAGCAAAGUGUCGAAGAACUCAACGCCUAAGGUGCGAAGAGUCAGAGGCCUUGGAACGGCGAACGGUACUCCGGCGAAAGCUCUCCUUGCGCCCACGCCUUUCGAUGAUGAAGAGAAGGACGCCACUCCGGCACCUGCAGCAUCAACAGCACAACAGCUGCCUCGUCCAAAGGCCAGCAAGAUCAGGAAAAUGACCGUCGCCUCAGCCUCACAGCCCGAAAGCAAGCUCCCAAGCCUCGACAUCGCACCCGUGGGUGUCGAGCCAACCAAAGAGCGAAAGAGUCGUCUUGCUGCCCCCAAGAAGGUCAUGCUGCCACAGUCCGUGGCCACUCUUCCUGCCGAGGGCAAGGAGAACACACAACGAUCCGGUCUCGGCGGAGUAACGCCGAAGAAGGGCAUACCCACACCGAAAGUCAUCGUGCCCCCGACGGUGGGCAUGGAGUCUGGGCUGCCGAGGCGGAGAGGAAGGAAAAUUUGAGCCAGCGUGUAGAAGAGUAAUGACUGACGAAGGAGUAUUUUGCCUUUUGGGAGUUCUAUACCUUUCUGUUUUUGCAUAUAGGGCGGGCGCGUUCAGCAUUUGCAUGGAGGGGGAAGUUGGGGCGUUUAUGGUAUUGGGGAGGAGACUUUGCGCUCGUUUCUGACAUUAAUCGAAUUUAUGACCUACUACAGUUGACCGGUCG